AUGGAACCAAACCACACACCUUCAGGCCUGCCACCUUGGCAACGCCUCCUUUCCGAACAGGAACGAGAGAAUUUAAACUCCUCCGACCCAUCACUUCGUCUCAACGCAACCAGAUUCUUUAGACAAUUACUCAGUAACGAGAAUUCCUUAAUUCCAGUCAUUGAUCAUAUCAUCCAAUUAGGAAUCACACCAAAAUUCAUUGAAUUUCUACAAAAGAAUGAUGAUCCACAACUACAAUUUGAAGCUGCAUGGGUACUCACGUGUAUGGCAUCGGGAAAUUCCCAUCAUACUCAAAUGAUCAUUCAACUCGGUGCCGUACCAUUAUUCAUUCAAUUACUCUCCAGUCCACAUCAUGAUGUGAAAGAACAAGCCAUUUGGGCUCUUGGAAACAUUGCUGGUGAUGGUGCUCAAGCAAGGGAUGUCGUGUUGAAUGGUGGUGUCAUGGAUCCUCUCUUGGGAUUCAUUUCAUCGAAUCCAGCAGAUUCCAUGUUACGAAAUGCUGUGUGGACUCUUGCUAAUUUGUGUCGAGGAAAACCAAAACCUGAUUUCAAGAUGGUUUCACCUGCCAUUGUUGUAUUGGCUUACUUGUUGUAUAGUGCGGAUGAAGAGGUGUUGGUAGAUGCGUUGUGGGCUCUCUCGUAUUUGAGUGAAGGAUCUUCUGUGGACCAAAUGGAACAAGUCGUUCAGGCUGGUGUGAGACGUAUGAUCGAAUUAUUGCAUCAUUCAAGGAGUGUGAUCACUCCUGCUUUGAGAAUCAUUGGGAAUAUUGUGUCUGGAAAUACUUGUCAGACUCAAGUGGUGAUUAAUUACAAUGCAUUACCUUCCUUGUGUGCAUUGAUUUCACAUUCAGCGAGUAGUAUUCGGCGGGAAGCAUGUUGGACAAUUUCGAACAUUACGGCUGGAACUGUUCAACAAAUACAAGCAGUCAUUGAUGCCAAUAUUAUUCCUAAAUUGAUCAAAAAUAUUGAAAUAUCAAACUCUCACAAAGGCAUAAGAAAUGAAUCCAUUUGGGCAAUUUUAAAUGUCAUCAACGGUGGAAAUGCGGAUCAAAUCAUGUACAUUCUUUCACACGGUACUCAUUGUGUGGAGGUAUUUUGUGACAUUUUAUUCCAAGACACAAAGAAAGCGAUGAAACAUGAUGCAUUGAGAGCUCUUUUAAAUAUUGUUCGAGCUUGUCGUAGCGUCCAAGAUGCUCCUCGUUGUUUUGAAGAUGUUAUUGAAAAGAAAGGACUGUGGCAUGAAGUCAUGUAUAACAAAUUUAGGGGAACCACAGGUUACGAAAAACGGUUUUUAGAUAAUUUGAGAACACUUAACACCGUCCAUGACGUUAUUACAUUUUCAUUCAAGAAUGAAAUGGAAGAUGAUUAG